GCGGCUUGAGCGGAAAUGGAGACGAACUCCCGACGGAUACAAUUAUGCGCUGCCUCAGUCAGAGCAGAAGAAACAUCCACUUUGCACGGAUACAACAGUCCAGAGAUGGCCUCUGGGAAGUGGGCGCCUCUCUGGCUAACAUGGAUGGGGGCUUUGGUAACUCUUAGCCAUGGAGCACCAAGGUUGUUGAUGGUAGCCCCCAGCGUGGUGACAGUGGGGGCAGAUGUGGGGGUUGUGCUUCAGGUUGAAGGGGCCCCAUCCGGGAUCUCAGGGAAACUUUAUUUCCAGAAUGAGAACAAUAGGGAAAAAUGUUCUCAGGAGGUGCCAUUCAACCUCAGACCCGACUUCUUACAUAAAGUGACCUUGAAGGUGACCCAUGAAUUAUUUGCUCAAUGUGGUUUAAUUCGCCUUCGGCGGGACCGCUACAUCCAGCUCGUUGCCCACAGCCCACAGCUCUCCAGCCCUAAUGGGGUUCAAAGCCUCAACCUGCGCUGGAGUGCCCGGCGAGGGUACCUGUUGCUGCAGACGGACAAGCCAAUCUACACCCCUCGGCAAAAGGUGAAUUUCCGAGUCUUUGCCCUGGAUCACAAACUGCGGCCAGCUUCCGAACCCAUCAUCAUCACUGUGCAGAACCCACGAGGACUUCAGGUCCGGAAAGCUGAGCUCAUGCCAGUGAAUUCUGUGAUAAAUGAUCACCUGUCAAUCCCCGAUAUCUCUGAGCCUGGCAUUUGGCGUAUCACGGCCCAGUUUCUCAAUACACUGGAUUUCAACACAACAACCGAGUUCGAGGUGAAAAAAUAUGUGCUCCCUCAUUUUGAAGUGACGAUUGUCCCAGAACGGAAAUAUAUCCUGAUCUCACCUCAGCAGGGCUCUGACUUGCGAAUUGACCUUCAGGCUAAAUUUUUCUAUGGGAAGGGGGUCAGUGCCACAGCCUACGUGCGGUUCGGCGUGAGUGAUGGCAAUGAGGGGAAAAUGUAUAUCCCAGGACUGGAGCAACAAGUCACGAUAACUGAUGGCCAGGGCUCACUGACCCUAAAACGCAGCCUCCUUUCUGAGAAAUUGGGGCAUCCUCUGCAGGAUCUAAUUGGAACUGCUCUCUACAUUGCAGCCACCGUCAUAGAGACAGCAAGUGGUGAACUGGAGGAGCAAGAACUUGCCUCUGUGAAAUUUCUGUCAUCACCAUAUUCAAUGGACUUGUCCAAAACCAAGCACUAUUUUGUUCCCGGUGCCCCCUUUGAUGUGCUGGCGACUGUUUCACUCCCAGAUGGCACACCUGCCCCCCUCCUCCCAGUUCGCUUCUCAACCCAGAUAACAGGAGCCCUAUCACCAGCUGAUGCACAAGUGAAAAGCGACAGCCGUGGGAUUGUGACAUACAGAUUCAACAUUCCCCCUAAUUCUGCCUCAGUCACUGUCACGCUAACAGCAGGAACAGAAUCUCCGGCAGAAGAAACCUUUAUUGCCAAACGCAUAAGUUCCCCAAAAGGCAACUACUUGAUCAUUGAAAGCCCAAAAUAUCAAGACUUGAACCUUGGAGAGACCCUUAGAUUUGGGUUGAAACACGUUGGAUCAGAUGCCUUCUCCAACUUCUAUUACAUGGUUUUGAACAAGGGAGACAUUGUCUAUGUCAACAGUGUGGCUCGUGGCUCCUAUACCGUGGUCUCCCUUUCCAUCACCCCCAGUCUUAUGCCCACAUUUCGCUUUGUGGCCUUUUACCGCCUUGGGGAUGAAAUUGUCGCCAAUUCCAUCUGGGUGGACGUCGUUGACAGCUGUGAAGGGAAGCUAGUGCUCCGCACAUCAGGGAAUGAACUGCGACCCCAGGACCCCCUGGCCCUCACCAUUAUCACGGAUGAGAGAGCCUUUGUGUCCUUGGCUGCCACUGAUGCUGCUGUUUAUGCCCUCAACCGGAAGAAUCGCCUCACACAGGACAAGGUUUUCCAGGCCAUGGGAAGUUAUGACCUUGGCUGCACCGCUGGCAGCGGGGAAAAUACCCUCAGCAUUUUUGCCGAUGCUGGACUCUCAAUUCGUACUAGUGAGCUGACGAGCCCCCUCCGGAAAACACAUGGGUGCAGUGCGGAUGCUUCCCGGAAGAAGCGCUCAUUGCAGUUCCAAGUCGAGCUCCAGAAGAAGCUUUCCAAGUACCAAAACCCCAAUGUUAAGCGAUGCUGCCACGGCGGCAUGGUGCUGCUUCGCCAACGGCUGACUUGUGAGGAGCGUGCUAGACGGAUCCAGGGCCAAAAUGCCGAGCAGUGCCGUGAAGCCUUCCUUGAGUGCUGCAAACUUGCUGCUAGCCUACGACGCAAAUCCUGGGGAUCUCACGGCCUGGGGCGGACACAAGCCCAAGAGGAAGAAGAGGAUUUAUUCGAUGAUGAUUUCAUUCAAGUCCGGAGUGUCUUCCCUGAGAGCUGGCUCUGGAAAACAUACAAUGUAGAGCGGACCCACACGGAAAACAUCAUUCUCCCCGAUUCUAUCACCACCUGGGAGAUCCAAGCUGUUAGCAUGUCUCCUGCAAAAGGGAUCUGCGUCUCAGAACCUAUUCGAAUUAGAGUCUUCCAAGAUUUCCACAUCUCUCUCAGGCUGCCGUACUCAGUGAAACGGUUUGAACAGAUAGAGCUGCGCCCAGUUCUCUACAACUACCUUCCCGAUCCCAUCACUGCCUCAGUAUAUCUGGAGCCCACUGAGGGCCUCUGCUCUCCAGCAACUGUAGGCCCAGCACGGAAGCAGCAGGUGGAAGUGCCUGGAAACUCCGCUGUUCCUGUCCCUUUCGUUUUGGUUCCUAUGGGAGCGGCCGACAUCCCCAUUACUGUCGUUGCCCAUGGCGGCUGGAUGGGGGGAGACAAGGUUUCCAAAAAACUACGGGUUGAGAGAGAGGGUGCCGUUCAGUUGGAGGAAUACACCAUCCCCCUGGAUAAUCAAGAUGGACGGGCUAGAUCUGUGGUCAUUCAAGGCAAUAUGCCCUCCAAUGCCAUUCCUGAGGGAGACUUCAAGAUGAGUGUCCGCCUGACAGGCUCCGUGCCAGCUGACGUCCUUCAGAGUUCUCUGACGCCAGAUGGCCUCUCAUCUCUGCUGCGGGUUCCACAGGGAUGUGGAGAGCAAACCAUGGUCCUGCUGGCCCCCGGGGUCUAUGCCAUGCAGUACUUGGACAAGACAGAGCAGUGGCUGCACCUGAAACCAGAGAGCAAGGAGAAGGCGCUGGAAAACCUCCGCACAGGCUAUGAGCGAAUCCUCACUUUCCGGAAGCCGGAUGGUUCACAUGGAGCUUGGCUCAACCAUCCCAGCAGUACCUGGCUGACGGCUUUUGUGGUGAAAGUUUUAUCUCUGAGCCGGGAGUACCAGUCGGUGGAUGAGGCUAAGAUCCGUAAGACGGUGCAGUGGCUGCUGGGAAAGCAACAGCAGGAUGGUUCCUUCAUAGACCCAAAUCCUGUCUAUCACCGAGAGAUGCAGGGUGGUGUUGGCGGCCUUCACGGGGGUGUCUCACUCACGGCGUUCGUCACCAUUGCGCUUCAGCAGGCCUUGGCUGUAUAUGGAGGAGAGGAGUCUGAUCCAGCAAAGCAAAUAGAAAAGGGGGAGCAGCUGAGUCAAGUGGAACAGUCCCUGGCUCGAGCAACUGCCUUCCUCGCUCGCUCACUAGACAAUCGUUCCCUGGGCCCUUACCCUGUCGCCAUCACCAGUUAUGCCCUCUCGCUUGCUUCUAAUGACAAGUCAGCCAUUGCAGAUUCUGAUGCCCGCCUGAGGAGUCUCGCGACACAGGAUAAAAACAACACAGUGAUGUUCUGGGAAGUGAGGGAGCAGGACCGGCUGCAGGAGGAGAAGAAAGCUGACCGGGUGCCGCCAGCUUCAGCCAUCUCGGUGGAGGCCACGGGCUAUGGACUUCUCCACUUGUUGAAGCAAAAUGACAUCACAACAGCUGGCAAAGUUGCUCGGUGGCUGACAGAGCAGAGGAACUAUGGGGGAGGCUUCAAAUCAACGCAGGACACGGUGGUGGCGUUAGAAGCUCUCUCAUGUUAUUGGAUCAGCUCCUUCAAUGAGGAGGAUAACGAACUGAAAGUGACCCUCACUGUCCCUGGGAAAAAUGUCCCAAUGAUUUUUUCAUUUGGGAAGUCUAACGAUCCGGUUCAGGAAGAACUGCAGUUUGCCUUGGGAAGUAACAUCAAUGUAAACGUGGAAGGGAAAGGAAAAGGGACUCUGACUGUCCUGAAGCAAUUCCAUGUCUUGGCUGUGCAGAACACCUCUUGCCAAACCCUCGGGCUACAGGUGGAAGUGAGCGGCUCUGUUCGACGCGAGCCUGACGUGUAUGAAUACUACUAUGAAUAUGAAGAUUAUGGCCAAGGUGCUGUUGGGCCCAAUGCACAGCCUCCUGAGCAGCCGUUAUCACCAAUCCAAGUGUUUGAUGCACGUCAGCGCCGCAAGAGAGAAGCCAAAGACCCUGGGCAGCCGAAAAAGGACAUCACCUAUGACAUCUGCUUCUGGAGACAACCAGGGGCUCACGUCUCUGGCAUGGUUAUUGUUGACAUCACCCUACUUAGUGGCUUCCAGCCUGACGAGGACUACCUUGAGGAGCUGCGAACUCUCCCCGACCAAUACAUCAGCCACUGGGAGAUUCAAGGACGACGGUUGCUGUUGUACUUUGACUCGGUACCAGUAUCGGGACGUGAAUGUGUAUCGUUUACAGCCAAACAGCUGAUGCCGGUGGGAAAACUUCAGCCAGCCAGUGCCACCAUAUAUGACUUCUAUGAACCAGACAAACGCUGCAGCAUCUUUUAUGGUGCCCCCAACAAGUCUCAGUUUGUGUCGGCCUUGUGCUCAGAAGAUGUCUGCCAGUGUGCUGAAGGUGCCUGCCCGCGUUUGAACCGUACCCUUGAGAAUGCCAUUACAGAGGACACUCGCAUGGAGUUUGCAUGUUACAGUCCCCGCGUGCAUUAUGGGUUCCGAGUUCGAGUGGAGCGCGAGAGCCAUGAAAGCGCCUUCCGGGUCUAUGAAGCUACCAUCUUGGAGUCUUUGCAGUACACUGCAGACACUGGGAUCUCCGCAAACCAGGUCAGGCGCUUUGUGGUCCGUGCAGCUUGUCGGACACGCUUGGCCACUGGCAACGAAUAUCUGCUGAUGGGGCGCGAUGGGGAAACCCGUGACGCUGAAGGACGCCCCCAGUACCUGCUGGAUAUGAACUCCUGGGUUGAGGAGCUACCACAGCCCCAGCGCUGCCGGGCCACCCAGCACCGCAACACCUGUUCUGAGCUCCAGUCCUUCACCAAGUCCUUUGCUGAGAGCGGCUGCCGCGUCUGAACCAAAGAACUGGACCCGCAUCUCCUGUGCUUUCCCAUUUUGAUGCACCAGAACUUCUUCAGUGGAGUCACUUAAAAAAUAUGAUAUAUAAGCCAGGCCUGCUGCAUUUGGAGACCCUUCUGCUCAUUCUGCUGAGGAGAAUCGUUGACCUUGGCUCCAAAGUCCUGCUCUGAUGGCACCCCUGGUCCUUUCACGCUUUUAACUAAAUCCUGACCACUAAUUCCUAGUGACAGCCUAGAGCCAAAAUAGCAGUCAGCUACCAACAACGUGCAUCUUUUCAAAAGGUAAAUAGGAACAGGAAAAUGUAUGCCCACCACUUGUUUGAAUGAAACGGACGUAUUUCUAGGAAUUAUUGUCUAAGCUAAAAAAUUCCACUUUCCUAUAUGGCACAGAAUCAGCCACAUUUAGAAGUUCAAACAACAACUUCUGUCAGUACAUGAAAAGGGUUGCGUGACAAUCAUGGACCAAAUUAGGAGUACUGGGCUAGUCCCAUCCAAAAAAACUCUUGUCAGUUAACCUUUUUUAUUUUAUUUUUUUGCCUGUAGCACCUUACAACAUAUUUGCACUGUUUAAACUGCUGUUUUACUCAUUAAAAAAGUAUUGCUUCUUA